CACAUUUCACCUUUUUCUAUCUUUCAACUUUUCCCCCCAAACCUUUGAUCAUCCGAAACUGAAUCAAAAAUCUCGAAUCAAUACGAUAAUUACCUGCAUUUUGCUCAGUAAUAUUUCAGCUGCAGAGAUGCGUAACCUAACGCCGGUGGCGAUCGGCGGCGGAGGAAUGAACUUAGUUGGCAACAAUUGGUUGCACCGGCGCGGCAGCGGCGUCGAUUUUUCAUGUCGUAGCACAGGAAGUGAGCACGAUUUGGCCGCUAUGGUGAGCGAUUUCCUUGAAAUCGGAAGUGCUGGAUCUGAUUCCUGGUGUAGCAGCGACUGCGACUCUGGUUUCUCCGAUCUCGCCGACAGGAUUUCGAUGUAUAAGCAGCCAGUUGAUCAGUAUGAAAGGGACUUGACAAUGGUUGUCAAAUCACUUAUUCUCUCAAUAUCGGAAACAAGCCAAAUAGAGAAACCAGAUGCGUGCAUUAAUUCUAGCUGCAUCAUUUAUUCUCUGGUCAAGCUUCUGCAUUCUUCAGGAUACGAUGCAGCUCUCUGUAAAUCAAAGUGGCAGGUCUUUGGCAAACUUCCUGGAGGCGAACACGAGUUCAUAGAUGUGAUAGCACAUGAAAAUAAAAGUGGAGGUUCCGAAAGGUAUAUUAUUGACAUUGACUUCCGAAGUCACUUCCAAAUAGCGAGAGCUGUGAAGAGCUACAACGUAGUCCUAAGUUCUCUGCCUGCAAUAUACGUCGGUACCCUGACUAAGCUGAAACAGCUUCUUCAAAUAAUGGCUGAAGCUGCUAAAUAUUCACUUGAGCAAAAUUCGAUGCCCUUUCCUCCAUGGAGAUCCUUUUCUUAUCUAGAGGCAAAAUGGGAAUCUCCCUGCCAAAGAUUUGUUACCCUUAAUUCUGCCGCCUCUUCUUCCUCUCAUCAGCAUUGCAUUGGUUUACUGCGGAGGCUCAAGUCCUUCGUUGGAUCUGAUUUUAAAAGAUGAUGGAUUAUUUUGUCGACUUCUUCAGAGACUGCUUAACAGAGUUAAACGUCAGUUAUUUCUUUCUUAGAUGAGGUUUAAUUUUAUACGGAGUAGACAGCAUUUAGCGCAUUACGAUAUACAGCAAAUACAUUACACAUUACACAUUACAGUUCUAUAAAGUCCACGGCAUCAAAGAAUGUUGUUCAGGUUAUCGGUAGUACCUGCAAACCUUUUUUUUUUUUAAAUUGCUUUUUAGUCGGAGUGUUUUUGCAGUGUUAAUGUAUAGUUAGACCUAUCUCUAAUUCCGUAAGCUGAAAUUUUGGUUA